GGACCCGUUGCCUGGUUGGCGAUGGCGACGGUGGGUGAUAGGAGUUGGAGGCUAUGAUUGGUUGGAAAAAUCUUGAGUUUUUGAGCUGGAUGUGAGAGCUUGAAGAAGACCAUUAGUUAGACUUCUAAGCAGAAUUACAAAAGGCUGUUCGAGGCUAGUCUGGUGUGCAAGUGAAGUCAGAGCUGGACACGUAAUUUUGAGAAUGAGUGGCACAAGCCAUAAGUAGUGUUUCAAGCCCCGGACUUGAGCGGCUCUCGGAGCAGAUGAAAAAAGCCAGGGAAGAAGCCCUACAACUGUGACCUAUGGGCAUCCAACAUUUGGGGCGUGAAAAGGAGGAGACCAGCAAAGACUAUAAGGAGCUGCGAGAGGGGAGGAAAAGCCAGUUCUCCCAGAAGCCAAGUGAAAAGAAUAUGGCUUUGGGAAAAAAUGAUUGAUUAACUUUUAAAAUCCCGCUGAGAAGUUGAAUAAAUUGCGCUGCAGAGAAGCAACACGAACAUCAGCACUGGGAUGGCCAUAGCUGGAAUAAUGUUAUUUCUAAGAAGUGUUCGACUGACAUCAAAAUUUACAAGAUCUUCAGAUAUUCCAGCAGAAUUUAUAAGAAAGAAUGUUAAAUUACAAGGACGAUUACACCGGAUAACUGAGAAUGGUUUAGAAAUCGAACAUAUUCCCAUUACUUUACCUAUUAUAUCUUCUUGGAGAAAAGAGCCAUGUGGUGUUUUGCUGGUUAAGCUGGCUGGAGUAGAACUCACUGAAGCUGGGAAGGUAUGGUUACAAAAAGAGCUCAAAGCUUCCCAACUACUGUGGUUCCAACUUCUUGGAAAGGAGAAUUCAAUGCUGUUUUGCUACAUUUUAGUGAAUAAGGGUAGAUAUUUUAGCGUGAAUCUGAAUGAAGAAAUUUUGCGAAGAGGCCUGGGCAAAACUGUUCUUGUUAAAGGGCUGAAUUAUAAUUCUAAAACUUACUGGACAGUUCAUAGAAAAUUACUUAGAGCUGAAUUAAUGGCUAUAAAAAAAGGAGAAGGAAUAUGGAAGGAAGAAUCUGAAAAAGAAAGUUAUUUGGAAAAAUUCAAAGGCUCCUGGAAAGAAAUAUGGAAAAAAGAAAGUUAUUUAAAAGCAACUGGAUCAGAUUUCUACUUGAAAAAAGGAAGUUGUUACAACAAAUUGAGAACUUAUGAAACAUGGAAAGAGAACAUGAGUAACUACUCCUUGAUACUGAAAUUCAGAGAACUUAUGAGUUGCUUACGUUUUCGAAGGAAAGGGUGAAACAUCUAGAGGUGACUCCUCUGAAGUGUAAAAUACGAAAAUAUGUGGACAUUUUUCACUGAGCCCACAUGGAAAUUUCCGCAAAUGAUGAAAGUUGAAUUCUAAUGGUAUUUAAACAUUAAAAAUAUUAUGAUUAGUGUAAUAUCAGAAUUAAUUUAAAUAAAGGUUAAUGUAGUAUACUUUUAGGAAAAUGAAGUACAAUAAAAAGUUACAAGAACUUGGUGGCAUAUGCCUAUAAUCUGAGCACUCUGGGAGGCUGAGGCAGGAGGAUCAAAGUAAAAAUCCCAGCCUGGGAAAUUUAGAGAUUUAAUAAGACUCUCAGCAUUUUAAAAAGGACUCCCGUUAUCAGGCUGUGUAUAUGUAGUACCAUUAUUUGAAGAGAAAAUCCAAGUAUUGGCCAUUGUGUUUUGUUAUGUUGAGCAGCUGUAUUUAAUUUUUGUUCAAAGUGAACUUUUCCAACUUUAUCUACUUUCA